AUGAUAUCACUGAAAUCCCAUCUGGCCUUGGCAAUUUCUCACAUCUUGUUGAGCUGGACGUCAGUCGAAAUGAUAUUUCUGGCCUCCCAAACAGCAUUAGGUUUUGUGACUCUCUGCAAAUUGUGGAUAUCAGCAACAACCCAUUACAAAGUGCUUGGCAAGCUUUCCAGUUUGACGGAGUUGUGGAUGGACGACAACGAAAUUCAGUCUAUUCCUGCCGAACUGGGGCUUAUGCAACGGCUGCAGCAGUUGGAUCUAUCUGAGAAUAUGAUUGGUACUCUUCCAGAUGAGAUCUCUGGCCUUCUAUCUCUUUGUGACUUGAACCUGUCCCAAAAUAGUCUCAGUUGUUUGCCAAACAGUUUCGGUGAGUUAAAAAAGUUGACUGUGGUGAAGUUGAACCAAAACCGGUUAAUUACCCUAACCUCUGCUAUUGGCGGGUGCUCUAACUUGCAGGAACUUUAUUUGACCGAAAAUUUUCUUUCGUCUCUUCCUCCCACUCUGGGUGAUCUGAAAUCGAUGUUUUUGCUGAAUGUAGAUCAGAAUCAGCUUACCGAGCUUCCCACCGAAAUUGGUGGAUGCACAUCUCUCAAUAUAUUAUCACUACGGGAGAAUCUUCUUCGAUACCUGCCGGCCGAGAUCGGCAACUGCUGUCGUCUCCGUGUACUGGACAUUUCGGAAAACAGGUUGGAACGACUCCCUAUGAGCUUGGCUAACUGUCCACUGACCGCAUUAUGGCUAUCACAAAACCAAUCACAACCUGUUGUCACUCUUCAACGUGACGUGGACGAACUCACGCAUGAGGAGUUUCUCACCUGUUACCUCCUUCCGCAGGAUCAGCUGACUUCACAGGCUGAGAUGGAUCCCACUUUAUCUCCAUCAGAUUUGGCCAGUAUAAAUGGUCCAAUCCCUGCAGGUGAUGCUUCAUUGACCGAUGUAAACACCAUUCAUGCGGAAGCCAACUACGCCUACGAACCGGCAACCUCUGUUUUUCCUAAUCUUACGUCUGGUGCUGAUGUUUGCUCAGAUAAUGGCACUCACCCACCAACUAGCGUUAUAUCGUCAACAAACGAUGGUGUUCUCAACCCGUCAAGUCCGAUCAGUCCUAUGGGCACACACAGUCGUCCUCCAAGGCAGAAAUCUCCAAUCCCACGCUUUUCACCCUCUCCUCGAGCGUCAUUCUCCAUGCACUCUGGUGACUAUGAUCCUGGCUCCUCAGGUUUAUCCCGAGUCCACUUCUCUUCAGCAGCAAAACCAAGUGAAUCAGAGAAGGCAUUCGGCAAAGGCUUUCCUAAAACUCGUCACCCCCGUUUCUCACGGAAAAUGGCGAAUGGCCCACUGACAGGAAAGGAGACUCGACCCUUUAAAGACAUGGAUCUUAUCGGGGAACCCCGGAAGAGCGGCCCCAAUAUUUCCGCCUUCCAUACAGACAACAUGUCUCCUUUAAAUUUCGAAACCGUAGGCCUCGAUAACUGUACAAAUGAUGCUCGUUUGGCGCGCCUGGCUUCAUUUGAUUCCAUGCUCCCCUCAGUUACGUCGCAUGCCACCCCCGUACUGGAGUCCGAUGGUGGUCGGACACACGCACCUGUGUGUCCACUAGGUGGUGUCGAUUCUUCGGAUCGCCAUGAUACUAAUACCGCAGAUUUGGAUGGCUUCCACAAUGUCCCGGCCAUAAAACCCCGGAGGAAGAUUUGGGAUCCGGAAGAUUCUUUCGCAGCUAGUGCCCAUUCUGCAAACGCCGAUGAUACAACUUCGGAUUCUUGCAACGCCGAUUCUUUCACUUCCCGUGGUCCUCCUCCAGCCGAAUCAGUGGACGCCGAGCGUGAGCAUUCGUCGAAGUCGGACACCGUAGUGAACGCUGACGAUGAAGAAGCUUACAGCAGCGGUGGUGAAGAAAUUUGCGUUAUCUCCCGGCGCGUUGGCUUUACCGAAGAUGUGGAAGAUAACGAGGAAAAAUCGAAUCAGAAACUAAUUCGUCGAGAUACACCCCAUUACACCAAACGCGCUCGCAUUCAAUCCAAAACGGCUGAUGGAGUGGACAGUGAGGAGGCUGUUUUGAAAAUUUUGGAGAAGUACCGUUCAACGGUUUCUCCCGGAGGGCAGAGUGGAAUGUCUGAUAGCACACGUCUGUUGCUUGCUGCAGCUCUCAGUAGCUCUACUGGUAAUCAGGACCACUCAUCCUAUCCUGCUUCUGGUCUGGCCACUGCUGUUCAGAAAGCCCAACAAAGGAAGGUAAUUCACAUACAUCGACAACCUGGUUGUGGCCUGGGUUUGAGCAUCGCUGGUGGUGCCGGUUCCAUCCCCUAUUUGGGUUCCGAUCAGGGCAUAUUUGUAAGCCGCCUCAAUCCCAACGGGCUUGCAUUUUCAUCUGGACUCCGACUAAACGAUAAAAUAAUUGAAGUCAAUGGCACCAGCUUAGUCAACGUGGAACACCACGUUGCGGUUUCCGCCUUGCGUGGCAACGCAGAUGACUUCUAUAUCACAGUCCUCCGGGACGUCGCCUUUUCUUCUGAGGAGCCGUUGACAAAUGCUGUGGUGUCCUCUCCUUCAUCCGCCAUGCGUUUGGAGAAUGGUGCAUCUUCUAGCCCACCCAUACGUUGCACGCUUUAUAGAGAACCUUCUGGAUUCGGUUUCGUUAUGACCGGUGUUCGCGGAACUUCACCAUCUGUGGACCGGGAGAAAAUUACUAUACAUAAAAUCAUUAACGGUGGAGCAGCGAGCAAAUGCGGAAGCCUUCAAGUUGGGGAUGAAAUAGUCAAGGUUAACGGCAUCGACGUAACGGAUUCCAAGCACGAUCAGGUCAUGGCUCUAAUUGCUGGCUCUUUAACACGUUUAGAAUUGGAAGUGAUACGUCCUUCAACUGGUCACGUAUUAGGUGCUGCUGCAACUGCAUCACCUGUUCCCCCUCCAGCCACUGGACAAAUGUCCCCACGAAACCCAUACACACUGAAGUCACCUCCAACUAGUUGCCAGCCUUGUCAAUCCCCAAAGACCAAAGAAUCAUGGCUUGGGACCGCUGGUGCCACCGUUUGCCCUACUGUCUCCUGCACCGCAACUGAACGACCACUUCGCUUACGCAUGGAAAAUGGCUACCCAGUGGAGUUGGUGACCGUACGGCUGAAUGGUGGACCCCUUGGACUUGCAAUUUAUGGGGGCUCGGACAUCAAUUGCUUGCCAUUUAGCGAUAAGGAACCUGGGAUCUUUAUUUCUAAAAUUUCAACAGAUGGUGCCGCUCAGCACACUGGGUUACGCGUUGGUGAUCGAAUAUUGCGUGUUAAUGAUAUUGAUCUUCGAAAUGCAACACAUGACGAAGCCGUUCGUGCAUUGGUGCAAGUCAGUAAGGAAAUCAAACUAGAGAUCCGCAGGGAUCCGGCCCCACUCGGUCUACGUCGCAUCACUAUUAAUCGGCGUGUUGGUGAACGUUUCGGGUUUCGCAUAUCCGGCGGCGUCCAGUCAUCUUCCAACGAGCCCACUAUCAACGCUCUGUCCAACGUGUUUAAUGACGGAGGUAUUUUUGUCACUUGGAUCUCACCUGACGGAGCGGUUGGGCUUGAUGGUCGUUUAAAGCCUGGAGAUCGCUUACUAGAAGUCAAUGGACACUGGAUGAUGGGUGUCACCUUGGAAGACUCAUUGGAAGUGUUCCGCCGGGCUGGCCCUACUUUAAACCUGGUUGUUUGUGACGGACCGUUGGAUAUCGCAACGCAAAGUAAAUGCGGUGUUGGAGUUCCACUGGAACCAGUUGCUCCGAAGAAUUCUACUCUUGAUCAGCGUAGCCAGCCUCUGGAUAGUCGAAUUUCCGGUUCUGCCGUUGAUCAACCAGAUGAGAUUGGCAAUGAUUUACACUCAAAUGUGGCCUACAGUGACGCCAAACGUCAGCUUUCGCUCGCUGCUCCCAGAGCAUGGCACUCUGAUUAUCUACAUCAGUUGCUGCAUUCACGAAAUAUUACCUUGCCGCCGUUGUCCAACUCAGUGUCCGGCAUUUUGUCUGCUCAACAUUUUCGAAAUGAGUCCUUUUUACUGAACGGUUACCAAGUCUCUCGAACAUCAAACGCAGUCCAUGAAGUCUUCUCUCGGGCCACUGACGAUCCUUUUAAAUCUGACUCCUCUAAGCAUACCUAUCCAAGUCCCAUGAACAGCUCGGAAAGUCAGAAUGAUUCUGUUGUGCUCGCCUCUCCCGUGCCAUCGUGCCACACAUUCUCACCUUAAUUCAUCGUACCGGAGUUUUACCACCGUGCUAACGAUUUCGCCUUGAAGGCACAUUCAUGACAGCGACCAUAAGCUGUUUGCAACAACUGCUGAGAUUCACUCGUCCUCCAUUGGGAUCGCGUUGCAUGUUUGAACAGGGCACCUCAUUUCUCCUCGUGACUAAUACGCGUGCAAACAUUCUUCGGCGGCUGUGACUUGCUGAUUUCCUUCGUAUUCAGGCUCUGGCUGCAUCCAUCAUGUACGCGUGUUCCCCACUCACCCCUUUCAUCAUGUACAAAGUGAACGCGUUUGCCUUUUCUCUACUGUCGCCUUUCUUGCACAUGCUAAUAACUGCGCUUAUUGCCUUCUCUCCGAUACUCACCAACAGAUUGUUCCGGUAUUUGUGACUUUAUCCACUUCAUGUUGCUUUCGAAACUAUCUGUAUUUGUACAGGUGAUUCAUUCAUUGAUGUUCGGCUUUUGUGGGCUCGUCUUGUUUGAUACCUUUUGCAAGGCUCCCCAACUGACCGAAUGUGUACAUGAUAAUUGCACGAGCUCCAUUUCGUUUUGGUUUUGCCCCUGUCAAACCAUCCACUGACGUUCAAUUUCGGACCUUGUUCUCUGGUCUGUAUGCUCACAAAGCCUAACGCUAACCACGCCUCCGCUAUUGUUACCAGCAAAUACUACUUUUAUUGCCUUUUU